AUUAAAUGACUGCAAGGAACGCUAUCCGUUACAUCCCUCGGAUAUCUCAGCAUAAACUAAUGCAAAUCUAGGGUUUAGCUUAUCGCCUCUGUGAAAGCCUACAGAUCUGGUAGCUCCCUUUGUUGCAUUCCAAUCGUAUAAUUUCCUGGUGAACGCAAACUCCGAGUUGUAACGAAAAGCAGAAAUCAAUAUCAAAAGGAUGCUUGAAAUGAAUGAAAUCAUACAUGAAAAAUAUUUCUUCCAUAACAAAAGAUGAUAUCACACAGGCAGAGACGAGAAUUUUCGAACACUGUUUAUCCUCCAAGCCCUCAAUGUACAUUUUGCUGCCUCGCUGGCAUUGGCUACAACGGUUGUUUGCUCGAUUUGGAUAGCGAAGAACCGCGAAUCGAAUUUACCAAAUGCAUAGCCAUUUUUGCUAUAUCCAGACAUAGUAGGGGGAGACGGAAAGAAGUAAUCCAACAGGUUGAAGAGUUUUUUGACGAGACUAGCGAGAACAUGGUUAUUUCUAGGGAACGGUUCAAGAUCUCAUUGUUGAGAAUUUUAAGAAAUUGAGGAGGGAAUUCUGAUUAUCAGAGUUUUUCUACAAACCAAGCCCAAGAAUGUAGCCUCUUGAGCUUUCCAGGCUGGACGAUACCCCAGUUGGCUGGAGAAUUAGAAGUCACUUGAUAUCAUCAGCUAAUCAGCAGCAAGUUUGCCAUCAAAUUGAGAAGAACCAAUCACAAAUUGCAUCAAUACAGGCCAGUAUUAUUAUUAAUUUAUUAUUGUCAUUAUAGAGAGUAGAUCUGGAGCAUUGAGGGGACAUGUGCUUGCCUAGAAGAUUUCUUGCCAGCCGUACACCCACGAGAAGGAGCUUACAUCACCUCUCAAGGGUGUAUUACUUAGCUCAAGGGCAGAUCAUAGACACUUAUCAGCCUGUUACAGUGAUCCUCAGUGCAAAAACCAGAAUACAGUCAUUGUAAUUUACAGAUCCCAGGGUACAGUUAGCAGAUUGAACCUUGUGGCAGUUGUUUCACACAUCUACAGGUUGCCCCCAUCAGCCGUACAGCUUCAGCAAAGAGUCCCACGUCUCCAUCAGCCUGGGCGCUAGGGUUUGAGUGGAUGAAAUUGUGCAAAUUUCUGAGAACUUCUAGAUCGGGCCUCUUGGGGAGGUUAUAGAUUGUCCAUCAAUCAUUAGACUGGCUGUACUUCAUCAAUUAGAAAGCUGACGUCACCCAGAAAGGGAAAAAUUGUAUAGUUUCAGAAGUGGAAUCCAGGGAAUUCAAGUGUUUACAGAAUAAUUAAAGGACGGAGGUGCAAAUCGAGCUGAAUUAGAAUGUUUUCAGACUUUCAUCUAGUUUGAGUUUGCUGUACAGCACCCACCUGAAGCCUACAUCAGCCAUAGACAGCCCUUGUGCGACACAUUUGGAAAUAUUCAGCCUUCUGUUAAUUCUGCCUUUCUAAUAUUUGCAAGGUUUUAUCCUGAAGUUUUUUCUUGGAGGGAGGUUUAUAUUUGGUCCAGAUGUGAGAUCGGUGGCAUUGACUCUUUCCCUCAUCGUAGCUCCAGUGAUAAUUUUUUGUUUGUGUGUUGAAUAUCCUCGUGACAGGUCACCUCACCAUAGAUUAAUCAUCAUGUCUGUUGCCAUUGGCUUCACAGUUUAUGAUUUGAUUCUUCUUUUUCUCACAUCUGGAAGAGAUCCUGGGAUAGUUCCUCGGAAUAAACACCCACCUGAACCAGAAGAAUAUAAUGGGACUCCGCCUGCAGAAAGCUUUAGUGAGCAGACACCACGAUUGCAAAUACCUCGUAAUAAGGAUGUGGUUAUAAACGGAGUUGCAGUUAGGGUCAAGUUUUGUUACACAUGUAUGGUGUAUCGAUCUCCACGUUGUUCCCAUUGUUCUAUCUGCGACAACUGUGUCGAACGAUUUGAUCACCACUGCCCAUGGGUUGGUCAGUGCAUCGGACAACGCAACUACCGGUUCUUCUUUAUGUUUGUUCUCUCGUCCACACUGCUGUGUAUUUAUGUCUUUGUCUUCUGCUUGGCUGACAUUAUUGAAUUCAAGCGAAACCAGAAGAUUAACAAUCUUCUUACUAAGGGAGGAAGAAUUGCAUCACUUGUGCUCGUGGUUUAUACAUUUGUUGCAUUUUGGUUUGUUGGUGGGCUUGCUGCAUUUCACGUUUACCUGAUUUGUACAAACCAGACCACAUACGAGAACUUCCGUUCUAGGUAUGAAAGUAAAGUGAAUCCCUACAAUCGAGGAGUUUUAUCUAACAUCAAAGAAGUUUUCUUCACAAAUAUCCCUCCUUCAAGAAACAAUUUUCGUGAAAAGGUGCAACCUGAUUCUCCGAGGCAAGGUAUUUCUGAUUCCAAUGUUUACAGCAAUAUUAUGACUCCAAACACAGGCAGAGGCAUUGAUUUAGAAAGAGGUGGUAUGAAUACAUCGCCAGCUGUUGGCACUGAAGCAUCAGAGGAUCUUCAAGGACAUAAUAGCAAUGCCGAGAGCCUUGGUUUGGGGAGCAAUGAUGAUUAUGGAAAUACCCUUGCUCAUGUUUUUGGCAACAAAUUCUUAGCUAGCUUGAGGCAAAUCAAUUCGGCAAAAUUUCCUUCUCCAGAGAAUGAUUUUCAUGAAAAGGUGCAAAGCGACUCUGCAGAUUAUGGUGUUCCUGAUUCCAAAGGUUGCGGAACUAUUGUGAGUCCGAACAGAAGUGAAGGAGGCAUUAAUUUAGAAAUAGAUACUGUCUCUAAUUUGCCAGCCAUUUGCACUGAACCAUCAGAGGAUUCACGAGGAGAUAACAAUACUGAAAACGGUGACACCCAUUCUGUGCAUAAUGUAGCAGAAAGAAGUCGAGCUGAUAGUAAAGGUAGCACUCCAGAAAACCAAUGACUGAAAUUUGGCAUUAGUCUAGGUGCUUGAACCCUGCUUUUUAGCCACGAUUGUUUCCAACAAUAUAAUAUAUUUUCAAUGCAGAUUUACCAUACACCUUUAGAAUCCCGCUUAUUCAUUCUUGAUUAAUGGCUGUUGGAGAGGGUCAUUAUAUGAUUCAACUUCUUGCAUUGUAAGCAUCAUAUGCUGAGAUGAAACGAAAAUGUAUUUUAAAAUUCGAUUUUACAUAACUGGUCACCUCAAAAGUGCAUGGUGGUUGUUUUGUUU